CACCCCGGGGGGCUGCUGCUGUUGUCCGGUGGGCCCGCCCUAGACAGCGGGGCAGCCCGUCAUUGCUCCCCUGGGGGGGAGUGGGGCUUGAAGCCUGUCUAGUUGGUAGGGUCCGGUGGGGAGAGCCCGGGCAAGCCCCUGACCUGUGUGGGGAGCCCCACUGCCGGCCACUUCACGGGUGCACAGGCACCACAGGGAUGACCCUGGUAUAAACUGCUAGAGGGACAGAACCAGUGACACAUGCCCGGCUCCUGGGUGACUCCAGCUGCCAAACCCAUGGAGAUGGGAGAGCAGCAGUGAGGGCAGCAUCCCAACCUGGCCCCCAACGAUGGGGACAGCUUCCUCUCUGGUGAGCCCAGCGGGCACCGGAGGGGAGGUAAUCGAGGAUGCCUAUGGGGGAGGUGGCGGUGAAGCCUGUGAGAUCCCAGUGGAGGUGAAGCCCAAAGCUCGCCUGCUGCGCAGCUCUUUCCGCCGGGUGGGUGCUUCGCGGCCUGGAGGCCUCAUCGGGGCCAGCUUCAAAUCCACUGCCUCGGUGCAGGAGUUGGAGUGCAUGGCUGAGUAUGAGCGUCUGAAGAAAGAAUAUGAGAUCUUCCGUGUCAGCAAGAACAACGAGGUGGCCUCUAUGGUCAAGAAAGAAGCCAAGCUGGACCUGGAGAACAAGAGACUCCGGGCAGAGCUCCAGGCUCUUCAGAAAACUUACCAGAAAAUACUUAGAGAGAAAGAAAGUGCUUUAGAAGCCAAAUAUCAAGCCAUGGAGAGAGCUGCUACAUUUGAACAUGACCGAGACAAAGUCAAGAGACAAUUCAAGAUUUUCAGGGAAACUAAGGAAAAUGAGAUUCAGGAUUUACUGAGGGCCAAACGAGAGCUGGAGACAAAACUUCAGAGACUGCAAGCCCAAGGGAUCCAGGUGUUUGAUCCUGAAGAGUCUGAUUCAGAUGACAAUUGCACAGAAGUUACUGCUACUGGAGCCCAAUCUGAAUAUUGGACUGGUGGAGUGUUGGGAAGUGAGCCAUCAAUGGGUAGUAUGAUGCAACUUCAGCAGUCUUUCAGAGGGCCUGAGUUUGCUCAUAGUUCCAUAGAUGUGGAAGGACCAUUUGCGAACAUAAACAGAGAUGACUGGGAUGCUGCGAUUGCCAGUUUAUUGCAGGUCACACCACUGUUUUCUCACUCUCUGUGGAGUAACACAGUAAGGUGCUAUCUCAUUAAUACAGAUGAGACUCAACCUGAAGUGGACAUCUUCAUUAGGAACUACUCACCAAAACUUCAAAGAAUAUGUGAAACAAUGGGGUACUUCUUUCAAGUUGUUCAUUUUCCAGUAGAAAAUGGAAAUCAUUUCCAGGCUGUGAGAAAAUGGGAAAUUGAGAAAAGUUCCUUAAUCAUUUUGUUCAUACAUUUAACUUUGCCAAGCUGUUUGCUGGAGGACUGUGAAGAAGCCUUACUGAAAAAUCCGGAAGGAAAGCCCCGGCUGAUUUACCGCAGAAUAGAAGAUGGUAAAGUCAGUUCAGACCCUGUGCAGCAGUUAACUGAGCAAGUUUGUUAUGUGAACAAAGCAAAGCUCAUUGAUCACAUGGGAGGAGUGGAAGAAGGAGCGUAUGAAACUUAUAAUUGUGUGGAAAAGAUCAUUAAACAGGAUAUAUUUGGCUGUGAAAGCACAGAAGUAGAAGGCAAAGAUUUGGGUAAUAAAGAGGAAUCCACUGCACCCGAGGAGGAAGUUUUUGGAGAUGUACUGUGGGAUGCACAUGAUGAACAAGAACAGAUGGAAGCUUUCCAGCAGGCUUCUAACUCAACAUGUGAACUAGGAUUUGAGAAAUAUUAUGAACGUCUAAAUGAUCUAGUGGCAGCACCAGCACCCAUCCCACCUCUUCUUGUGUCUGGAGGACCAGGCUCUGGCAAAUCUCUUCUCCUGUCAAAAUGGAUUCAACUGCAACAGAAGCAUUCACCAAACACACUAAUUCUCUAUCACUUUGUUGGGAGACCCAUGUCUGCCAGUUCAGAAUCUGCACUAAUAAUUAAACGGCUUACUUUAAAGCUCAUGCAGCAUUCUUGGUUAGUGUCACCUUUAACAUUGGAUCCAGCUAAGCUCUUGGAAGAAUUUCCUCGUUGGCUGGAAAAACUUUCUGCUCGUCACCAAGGCAGCAUUAUCAUAAUUAUUGACUCUAUAGACCAAAUACAGCAAGCUGAAAAACAUAUGAAAUGGCUGAUAGAUCCCCUGCCAGUGAAUGUAAGGGUGAUUGUAUCUGUGAACGUGGAAACAUGUCCUCAGGCAUGGAGGUUGUGGCCAACUCUUCAUCUUGAGCCAUUGAAUUCUAAAGAUGUGAAACGUCUCAUUAGUGCAGAAUGUAGCUGUGCAGAUGUUAAAUUGACCAAAGAACAGGAGAAGAAACUUGAGAAACACUGUCGUUCUGCCACAACUUGCAAUGCUUUGUAUGUCACUCUUUUGGGCAAAAUGAUUGCUUGUGCUGGAAGUGCAGGAAAUAUUGAUGAAAUCCUUCAACAGUGUUUCCAGUGUCAAGAUACAGUAUCACUGUAUGGACUUAUUCUGAGAUCAGUUCAGGAGUCCAUGCUGAACGAUAAAGACAAACACCUUAUGAGAGAGGUUCUCUGUCUCAUCAGUGUUAGCCACAAUGGAGUGAGUGAAUCAGAGCUGAUGGAACUUUAUCCCGAACUAUCCUGUGCCACGUUAGCCUCUCUAGUUCACAGUCUGCACAAGAUGUGUAUGCUGACAUAUGGCUGUGGUUUGCUAAAGUUUCAGCACCUCCAGGCUUGGGAAACGGUGAGACUAGAAUACAUGGAAGAAGGUCAAAAUAUUAUUUCUACUUAUAGAGGAAAACUAAUAGACUACUUCACCGUGCAGCUAAGUCAAGGCAGAGUGACUUGGAGAAGUGCAGAUGAACUUCCUUGGCUUUUCCAACAACAAGGCAACAAGCAGAAGCUACACAAGUGUCUCCUGAACCUCUUUGUAUCUCAGAAUCUUUACAAAAGGGGGCAUUUUGCAGAAUUACUGAGUUACUGGCAGCUUGUCGGAAAAGAUAAGAGUUCAAUGGCAGCAGAGUAUUUUGACUCUCUAAAGCAAUAUGAGAAAAGCUGUGAGGGAGAGGAAAGUAUGAUCCGUCUGGCUGAUCUUUAUGAAACUCUGGGACGAUUCUUAAAAGAUCUAGGCCUUCUCAGCCAGGCAGUUGCUCCUCUGCAGCGUUCUCUGGAAAUUCGGGAGACUGCACUGGAUCCAGAUCAUCCCAGGGUAGCACAGUCCCUCCAUCAGUUAGCAGGAGUAUAUGUGCAGUGGAAGAAGUUUGGAAAUGCUGAGCAGUUAUAUAAGCAGGCUCUGGAAAUCUCUGAAAAUGCUUAUGGGGCUGAACAUCCCAGGGUUGCUCGUGAACUGGAUGCACUUGCAACAUUAUACCAGAAACAGAACAAAUAUGAACAAGCUGAACAGCUGAGGAAAAAAUCCUUUAAAAUGCGACAAAAAGCAGCAAGGCGGAAAGGCAAUUUGUUUGGAUUUGCUCUUCUACGUCAACGAGCCUUGCAGCUGGAAGAGCUCACGUUAGGCAAAGACACACCAGAUAAUGCUCGAACCCUGAAUGAGCUUGGAGUUCUCUAUUAUCUGCAGAAUAAUCUUGAGACAGCUGAACUUUUUCUGAAGCGCUCCCUAGAAAUGAGGGAGAGGGUCCUGGGACCAGACCACUCAGACUGUGCGCAGUCUUUGAACAAUCUGGCAGCUUUGUACAAUGAAAAGAAACACUACGAUAAGGCUGAGGAACUGUAUGAAAGAGCUUUAGAAAUUAGGAGGCGAGCACUAGCCCCUGAUCAUCCCUCACUGGCUUACACUGUGAAACACCUUGCAGUACUCUACAAAAAGCUGGGAAAGCUUGACAAGGCAGUGCCUCUGUAUGAGUUGGCCGUUGAAAUUCGACAAAAAUCGUUUGGUCCAAAGCACCCUAGCGUAGCUACUGCCUUGGUAAACCUGGCUGUUCUUUAUUGUCAGAUGAAAAAGCACAUUGAAGCCUUACCUCUGUAUGAAUGUGCAUUAAAGAUUUAUGAAGACAGUUUUGGUCAUAUGCAUCCUCGUGUGGGAGAAACACUAAAAAACUUAGCUGUGUUGAGCUAUGAAGGAGGAGAUUUCGAGAAGGCUGCCGAGCUGUACAAGAGAGCCAUGGAAAUCAAAGAAGCAGAGACUUUGUUGAUCGGAGGAAAAGCAGCUUCCCGGCCCUCGUCAAGUGGAGACACUUUCAGUUUAAGAAGUACAUUAUCUCCAAAUGUUUUUCUAGACCAUGGACAAAGGUGAUGCAAACUGGCACAAAUACAAAUGCUAGUGAAGAAUGCUUGAUGGUUAAGUACUUAAAAUAAAUCUGAGCAUGCUUCAGAGAUUUAAAAAAAAAUGAUUUUUAGGAGACAAAGUGUUUGUGAUGAAUGAAUAUAUGAAAAAAGUUUUACAUUUUAGUUUAAAAUAUUUCCGUUCAUGCCAGUUUUUUUGUGGAUCAUGUGGUACAGAGUUACUUCUGUGUUACACACAGGUAUUUAAUGAAAGACUGCUGAGUGUGUUCUGUUAGUUACUUGUUCAGACGGUAGCUGUAAUGCCAGAAAACAUCAGUUUUGUUUUUUCUCUAUACCUCUUUUUAGUAGAGGACCUGUGAGCUGCAGGGUAUAAUCAAUAAAACAGGUACUAGUUGUUAUUCCACGUCAGUUCCUUCAGUGUCCACACUGUUAUGGUGUUUGUAUCUUUCCGUCUUUUCAGGAACAGUUUGUUGUUCAGGGACACAGUACUUUUGAGACCCAUAUAUUGUGUUUCCACCAAAAGAAGGAAAAGGGUUCUUAGUAAGACAUGCUUUUGAGUUUUUAGAUCAUGGUUGUUGAGAGGGGGCUUGUCUAUGUGGUCAGUUUGUGCAUGGCAAGCCUGGGUGUAAAUCUACAGCCCACCAGCCUUCACACUAACUGGCCAUUGGGACCCUGAUACCACACACAAAUUUCUAUUGUGUGCUUUGAUUUAAACUCUGUUUGAAAUAGAUUGAAGUGCACUAUAGAACUUUUAGUGCAUGGUAGCAAGUCCACACGGCCUCUGAGUGUUCAGCAUGCUAAUGCAUUGUAGAUUUACACCCCAGCUUGUCAUGAACUGAUGACGUAGAAAAGCUCUGACUGAUAUUUUUGUCCUCUUUAGCUAAAGCUUUUUAAUAGGUGUCAGUUAUAUCCACUUAUUUUUAGUAGGAAUAUGCUUUUUCAAUGAGUAACCUGAGAGAAAAAUAUUAUGAAUUAAUUGGGGACUGGCGCACACCUCUCAAUUUUAAUAGAGAGAAACUGCUCAUUAAACUCCAGUAUACAAGCAUACUUGUAUUAACCAGAAGAAAGAACAGAAUAGCAUCAAUGAAUAGCAGUAAACUGAUUUGUAUUAAACUUACAAUGGAGUAUUUCUCCCAGUUAGUUACAAUGAUCAAUUAAGUCUGUUUGUUUACAAACAAUAGAAUAAAUUUAAUAAAUUCACGAAUUUAAAAAUAACACUCCUUUUCAUACUUUAGAGUUCAGUGUCAGAUCUAUGAGGAAACUUCAUUGGUGAACUAAUCCAUUUAUUCAGCUAGUGUUAAAGUGCCGAGGCUGUUUAUCUCAAAGGGAUACUAUAUCUUCUCCUUUUUCCCCCUUUUACGGUGAGCAAUUAAGUCAAUUCCGCACUCUCCCCUUCCUUCAGCAUUUUUUCUGAAUAGAAAAAGAAAUAUUUAAAUAAGAAUGUAACUUGGGAACGAUUAGUUUUAUAGUGCUGCAAUUAAAAAUGUACAAAAUCAAAACUGACAUUGAGCACUAAAACUUAGUUGAAGAAGAAAUUUCUAACAGACUACACAAACGCUAUGAGGUUCUUGCAGCAUAGGAAAAGCUGUUUUUAUCUGGACAAAAAUUGUAAUCUUCUAAAUUACAAACAGACGGAUGUUUGACUUCUUUGUAAUGGUGUCCGAAACAA